GAUAAGAGUGUGGCACCGCGGCAUGCAGGAGCUCCAACAGGAGGCGGAUUGUUACUGGAGGAUCACUUUCUACCUACACAUCCCACCAUUUAUCUCCCACGUGGAGAGGAUGUGUCGCACUGAAGUUGAUCCGGACUUUUAAAGCGCGCGCCUGGAAGUUUUCCAGCAUGACACAGCAAAGAGAGAAAGUGUUACGAGACAGAAUGUUAGAUAUUCAGCGUGUCACACCCCGGAUUAUUUACUUCCCAUUCCUGUUUGAUCGUAAAAGUGGGGACGCAGCAGGUGAUCGCUGAGAUUUUGGACCUCGAUCACAGGCGGAUUAAUGUGAAAUGGUCCCGAUUUGUCUCAGGAGCUGGGAGGAUAUAACCUGAACGAAAAAGGAAUCGGAGUCCACCAUGAGUGCGCUGGUUCUGCUGUGCGUAAUAGCCGGGUUGUUGCGCUCCAGCCUGGGCAACAGGAACUGUCCGGACCUGAUCGUGGAAAGCUGCCACUGCUCCGCUGAGAGGUCCAAGCAGCUGAGCCGGCAGCAGGUCCGGGUCAGGGUGGUUUGUGACGAUGUGGAGCUGAUGGACACCCUGCAGCCCAGCUUCCUGCCCAACAGAACCGUGUCCCUGAACCUGAGCAACAACAAGAUCUCCCUGCUGAGGAACGGCUCUUUCUACGGCUUGGCUGCUCUGGAAAAACUGGACCUGAAAAAUAAUUUGAUCAGUACGGUGGAGCCCGGGGCCUUCAGAGGUCUGCAUGCUCUGAGGAGACUGGAUCUGUCCAACAACAGGAUCGGCUGUGUCUCGCCUGAAAUGUUUCUCGAUUUGGGCAGCGUUUCAAAAUUGAAUCUAUCUGGGAACAUCUUCUCCACACUGACUGUGGGAAUCUUCACGCACCUUGUGGCUCUCAAAGUGCUGCACUUCAGCACAGAGACUUUGUUCUGUGACUGUCAGCUGAAGUGGCUGCUUCUCUGGGCUCGAAGCAACUCGCUGAAGAUCGGCAACGACACGGUGUGUGUGUUCCCCACACAGCUCCACGGACUGGAGUUUCGCAACCUUCGUGAGCAGCAGCUCAGAUGUGAUGGACCUCUGGAGAUGCCCCUCUUCCAGCUUAUCCCUUCCCAGAGACAGGUAGUUUUCCGUGGGGAUCGUCUUCCCCUGCAGUGCACCGCUUCCUACCUGGACCCUUCGGUGGAGCUGCGAUGGCGUCACAACCGCCGCAUGGUGACCACGCAUGAGGACCGGGGCAUCUACGUGGAGGACACACUGAUUCACGACUGCUGCCUGAUCACAAGUGAGGUCAUCCUCUCCAACAUUGAGCUUGGCAUCGGUGGCACCUGGGAGUGCCUGGUCACCAGUUCCCGUGGCAACACCUCUCAGCAAAUGGAGAUAGUGGUUCUGGAGACGUCGGCACCGUACUGCCCCACAGACAGAGUCACCAACAACAAGGGGGAUUUCAGGUGGCCAAAGACUUUAGCUGGCAUCCUUGCCUUCUUGCCCUGCGCUGCUGCCACCUUUGGCUCGGCCCCCCACCCCUCUGGCAGCGCCGCCCACCCCUCCAGCCAGAGGGGGAAGAAGGCUUGGCGGAGCUGUGACCAAAGUGGACGCUGGGCGGAGGAGGACUACACCCAGUGUCUGUACGCCAGCGAGCUGACCCGCGUGCUGCACGAACUCACACAGAUAACUGUGAAUACCACCAAUGCUCAGCCCUUGGGCCAGCAGUUAGUGGCCUUCACCAGCAGGGCAGAACACUUCACUGAUGUCAUGGACGUCAUCUUCGUCACUCACCUGGUGGAGAGGUUGACGAGGCUGGUGGAGAAACGUAAAGAUCUGGGGGACUAUAUAUCAGACAUCGCCAGUAACAUGAUGCUGGUGGAGGAGCACGUCCUGUGGAUGGCCCAGAAUGAGGCCAGAGCGUGCACUCGCAUCGUCCAGUGCGUGGAGCGCAUCGCCGACCUGUCGCUGACCGGAGACAAUCAGGUCAUUUCUAAGGUUUCAGCUAACAUAGCUCUGGAGGCCUUUCUGAUCCGACCGUCCAACUUCCUCGGUCUGUCCUGUACUGCACUUCAGCGCCCCCCCCCCUCAUCUGCCACCUCGCCCCUCCCUGACGGCCACUCCCACUCCGACCAGGACAAGAUCAGAGAGGGUGACGCCGCGGGGGAGUCGUUGCUCAACUUCAAAUGCCACACCGUCAACAACAGCGCUUCACCAGCCAGUCAGCUCAGCAAGAACUCAGUGGCAGUCGCCUCAAUCAAUGUACCGCUGGCUGGUACGCCUAUCUCCUCCUCUGCGUUGCAAUCUGUUGAUAACUCCACUUGCAAGCUGCAGUUUAUUGUGUUUCGCAAUGGGAAACUCUUCCCUUGCACGGGCAAUUCGUCCAAUCUCGCAGACGAUGGGAAGCGUAGGAGCGUUUCGACACCAGUUGCUUUCACCAAAUUAGAUGGGUGCAGCCUGGGGAGCGCCGUGCACACCGUUACUAUUGCUCUCAGGCACUUCGCACUGGGUGUAGACCCCACCGCCGCCUAUUGGGAUUUUGACCUGCUGGAUGGACACGGUGGCUGGAGGGCAGAGGGCUGCCACAUAACAGGCUCCGGGGGCAACACGACCACCAUUCAUUGCACCCAUCAUAAUAACUUUGCUGUGCUAAUGGAUCUGAAGAAGGUGCUGUCUUUCCCCCCGUACCCUGGGGAGUUUCUGCACCCGGUCGUGUAUGCCUGCACGGCGGUCAUGUUGCUCUGCCUCUUCGCCUCCAUCAUCACCUACAUAGUGCACCACAGCGCGAUCCGCAUCAGUCGGAAGGGAUGGCACAUGCUUCUCAACUUCUGUUUCCACACGGCGCUGACCUUUGCUGUGUUUGCCGGCGGCAUCAAUCGAAUCAAAUACCCCAUCAUCUGUCAAGCAGUCGGGGUCGUGCUGCACUACUCGUCUCUGUCGACAAUGCUGUGGCUCGGGGUGACUGCCAGGAACCUUUACAAGCAGGUGACCAAGAAACCUCCGCAGAGCCAGGAUGGUGACCCGCCCCCGCCCCCUAAACAACCCCUAUUGAGAUUUUAUUUAGUCAGCGGUGGAGUGCCCCUCAUCAUCUGCGGGGUCACGGCGGCCGUCAAUAUAGACAACUAUGGCAGCGGGGAGCAGGCGCCGUACUGCUGGAUGGCGUGGGAGCCCAGCCUGGGAGCCUUCUUUGGCCCCGUGAGCUUCAUCAUCCUGGUGACAUGCAUCUACUUCCUGUGCACCUUCAUCCAGCUGCGGCGACACCCCGAGAAGAAGUACGAGCUGAAGCAGCUGACGGAGGAGCAGCAGAGGCUGGCCGCCGUCGAUGUGCCCACCCACUGCCACCAGGGAGCUGAGCCGGGGGCCCUAGUGGCCCCGUCCGGUGGGGGCCACUGCCCCGCUGGCUGUCCGGGGGUUCCCAUUAACCCUGCGCUGCUGGCCAAUGAGCACUCCUUCAAGGCUCAGCUACGAACGGCGGCCUUUACCCUCUUCCUGUUCCUGGCCACCUGGACGUUCGGGGCCCUGGCCGUGUCGCAGGGCCACUUCCUGGACAUGAUCUUCAGUUGCCUCUACGGUGCCUUCUCCGUCACCCUCGGCCUCUUCAUCCUCAUCCAUCACUGUGCCAAGCGCGACGAUGUUUGGCAUUGCUGGUGUUCGUGUUGUCCCGGACGAAAUGCCGAAGCCCAAGGGGCCCCUCAGGCGCGACCUAAAGUCAACGUGAACGGAGACACCCCUGGGCAUGGCCACGGUCACAGCCACUGCCACCAUGACUCUCCGUGUCACGGUAAAGCAGUGAUAACCUGCAGUCAUGGCGGUUUAGCUCACUGUAAACACGCCGCCCUCCCCUCCUUGCAGAACCAUGUGACGUGCCUGGCGCCGGUGGCUCCGUGCUGCGCGGCGAUGCACAGCCAGCAGCUGAUGGAGGAGGAGCCCGCGGCGACACACGUGCUGCUACACGCCGACCCGGAAGGGUACCGGCCGGGGAUCCAGCUGCACCCCUGCCUAAAGAGCAGCACCAGGACUAAAAGCCGUCACUUCGGCCGCCGGGCCGGUGCUUGCGGGGCAGCGGGCGAAAAGGAGUACGCCUAUCACAUCCCCUCCAGCGUGGACGGAGGCAGCAUGCACAGCUCACACACUGACAGCCCCCACAGCACACAUGAGCGCCACGCCCACACCUGUCCACACCUGGGCCACGAAGGCCACCACGACGGGCAUCACACGUGCCACUGCGCUGCCACCGCCGCCACGCACGAGGCCCUGGUGUGCCAUAAUCCCUGCCACAGGCACAUCUGCUGCGCCAAGGCUGACCUUUUCCCCUCCCUGUGCCCGGCAGAGGCGGGCGACACGGGCAUCUUCCUGUGUGGCUGCGGCAAAGUGGCCGAGCCGGACCCGAUGGCAACACAUCACCAUCUGGAGAUGCACGCCCCGCGCAGACAAUCGUUCCCUCAGAACCCGCCCAAUCAGAAUGGGAUUCUAAAGGGGGGCCUGCAAGAAGGACUCCUGUACGGCUCAGACAGCACGGGGAAUAUACGCACGGGGCCCUGGAAGAAUGAAACUACUGUGUAGUGUGGGAGAUGGGCGACUCCAUGCCCAGUCCUGCCAAAAAUAAACCCUUUCUAGAAUUAAAAAAAAAGGAAUUUAACAUUUUAAACAUCACAAUCAGCGUGGGAUAUUUUAAUUUGAAUGUCCUCAUGUUUCUAUGCGUGCUGUUUUACUGUACAGAAAUCAUGUAAAUGCUCAUUGAAGAGCCUCCAUACACAGAACAGAUUCUCCUCCAUAACACCAUCAGAUUGAAUUGAAGGUUGUUCAGUAUCACUACAGAUUUCUCUAUCUCUAUAAAUAUAUAUAUAUAUAUAGAUAUAUACAAGAAAAUGAAUGGUUGUAUGUAUGAAUAUGUGUGUUAGUGCUCAAAGGAAACACGCUGCAACAUUUUCUUUUACACUUCCAAUCUCAAUCCAUCGAAUACUUUACGAUGACAGUCCUCCAGUACUUUAAAGAGCUCUCCACAUCCAUGUUUUAGACGACAACUAAACCAGCAAUUUUAGACUUCAUGGGUAUUUUUGAAAUCCAGUCAAGCUACUGUGAACAUACAAAGAUACCGUUGCUUGUAAGAGAUGUGUGGAUUCUAGUUUAAUUUGUAAAGCAACAGAAAAAGAGAAGUGAAGUUAAGAAUCCUUUUUAAAGCCGGUAUGACGUCUUCACUGUUGUAUUUAUCUUUUCUCGAAAGAAGUGAAAAACGGCAGUAUCAAAAGGAACAGCGUCGGCCAUUGUGAAUAGAGAGUUGGUGUCAUUGGAUCCAGUGCCAUCUUUUUAACACUGUGCCAUAAAGAAAGGUCAUUACAGACAGUUCAUUGCCAAACUAGUGUGCAGGUUUUUGUAUCCUCUUUAGCUCAGCUUUCAUAUGCAAUCUAACAUUAUAAAAAUAUGGUUCAUUGUUUACUCAAAAAAACAGUGUGAAUGUGAUCAUAGAAGAAACAACAAGCUGCUUUGGGAAACUCCACUGUGACCAAUGUCUAUUAUAUUAUAAAUACUAAGGAAACAUUUACGGCAAUCUCACCCUCUAUUAGCGAAAGCCACAGAAUAACACAUGGAGAAAUCAGAGCAAAUUCAGUCCAUUUAUAUUUUAUUUAUUCGUAAUUUGUCUCCUAAAAAUCACAAAGCAUGCAUGCUUUGUUUUAUGAGCCAAGUCUUAGAUUUUGAAUUCACAUCCAUUAAAUUAUUAUUUGCCUUGCAGCUUGCCAAUUAUUAUUUUUGACACGUAUUGGAUUAAUCCUAGUCACCAAAAAAUACUGUAUUAUUUUCAUGCUGGAGAUCUCUAUUGAACAAAAAUAUAGCUGGUUUUCAACAACAGGAACACAUGUUAUCGAAUUACUUGUAGUUGGUUUAAAAUGUAUACAUUCAGAUUUUAAAGUGGGCAAAGCUUUGUUGCUAAAUUAAGAACCAAUCUCCUUUUACUGAAUCGAAUUCUACCUACCCACAAAAAAUAAUAAUUACAUCAAUGUACGUGCUGUCAGGACCUAGUAAGUAGGCUAUAAAAGGUAUGUGUGUUGGGGGGGACCUUACUUUGUUUGCCAGCUAGCUACUGUAGCUAAACAUUUUGUAAGCCAAGCUGCAUUCACAUGAUAUGCGAUUGGCUCUUUGCUCAACCCAAGGUUGGACACAGAGUUUUGCAGUAAAGAUAGCUAGUUAAGAUUUGUUUGUAUGGUUACCUCCUUUGCUGGCAUAAAUGUCAUCUGAUUGGUUGCAUGUCGAAAGCGUUCUGCAAAAAAUGCGGAGUGGUGCGCAACGCCAAGGCUAGGAGCUGCCCUCUUAGUCUUUAAACUUGUGUUUGUUGUCUGACUUCUCUGUACAUCAGUAGUGUAUGUAAUGCCCAAAGAAGCUUGCUGACUCACCGGACAGCUGGUAUUGUGACAAAAACAAAUCAUUUACAAGACCUUAUUCUAUUUGCUAGCUAGCUAGCUAAAAGGUUAGUCAGUUAGGCCUUGUUUGAAUCCUUGCUAACUACGAGGUUGGGCACAGAGUAUUGCAGUGAAAACAGUUAGUUAGGUUUCGUUUCAAUGGUAACCUGCCCUGCUAGCUUGCGCUACAUCUUAUUGGUUGCACGUCAAAAGUUCACUGGUAAAGGAGGUAAAAGUUAAAAUAGUUUGAACUGCAAUGUUAGCGCAAUGUGAGCGCAGAGCCGUUACCGUGUAUCAUGUGAAUGCAGCUUUGGCCUACAAUUUCAUUCAUGAUUUCAUGAUCCGCAAAGAAGUUCUAAUUUCUCCUCCAACAUAAAACUCAACUUGGGUUCAGUCUUCCCAGAAAAUGUACUCUUUUGCCAAACAUUUCUCAAAAUGUGACAGCCAUUUAAAAAGUGUUACCUUCCAAGGUUCAAGGUUAGUUUAUUUCUAUAGCACAUUUUAAGACACAGAGGCAAUUCAAAGUGCUUCACAUAGGCAUUCAACCUAUAAUAAUUAAAAACAAAACAAACACACACACACCAAAAAGAAGACAGUUCAUAAAAGCGAUAAAAUAUUGUCUGCCAAUAUUAAAGUUAAUACUAGAUCACAUUUACAUUGAUGCAACAGAUUUCAAUUUCAUUUAGGUUUGAAUAGGCUAAGUCCCCGUGCCAUGACAAUUUGCUGCGUGUCAUCCCCUCUGUCUCCCCCUAUCAACACUGUCACUUGAAUAAAGGCAUUAGUGGCCCAAAAGGUCUUUACAAUUAAUCUUUCUAAAUUAUUAUUUUGUAAACUUGUUUAAAAAUAAUAUUAUAUAAUGGGUUUGAAAAGUAAUCAUUGUUGGUGCAACCCAGAAUAAGCAUAUGCUAAUGAGGCUAAAUUGAAUAUGGAAUGUUUUUGUUUUUGUACCAUGAAGGUCACAAUCUCUCUGAACUAUUGACGCUCAAAGAGAGGCUCUUUAUUGAAUUCAAAGCACUUGUCUUGAAUGAUGAUAUUAAGUAUGAUGCUGCAGACAAAACCCCACAUAAACAUAUUGUCAGCUAUAAACGAAAUCUAUAAAAAAAAUGACAUCCAAGCAGCGCAUAUAAUCUCACAGCAAACUCGCGAAAAACACUUGGCAUGCACACCAUCUCUUCAUCCAUCUCGUGCACUCUUGUCUGUGUAUAUUGAAUCAGUUUCUGAUUAAUUAUUUUAUAUGAGAUUUAAGAUAUUUAAGAUUAAAAAGUCUAUAUGUAAUAGAAGUUGUAUGGGGGGAAAAAGUGACCUCUCAAUGUUACUGCUCAGUAUCUGAGUUUAGAAAUGUCCUUUUUGUUUUCUAAUGAAUUUUUUUCUGUUGAUCUCAUAAAGUAUGCAGACUCGCCAUGUUGUUGUGAGUUCAUCCUGUCAUAUCAGAAAUAGAAAACUGCACUACCCAUGAUAACAUUUGGCCUGCUAGAUUAGAAUGUGUCACUUGCAGUGUGUUUAUUAUAGAAAUGUUUGUUCAGACAGAAAUAUUUGAACAAAAAAAAGUGACAAAAUUACUAUUAAUGUGAUACUCCCUUUAUUUGGAUGGCAGGAAUAUUGAAAGGAGGCCCUAGUAAACAUCGAUUAUGAUGCAUGAACCUCAUAGCUUUGCACAGGACCACAAUUUAUUUCCAAGGUCUGUGGGAAAAAAUAUGAAUCUCAGUAGUUAUAAAACCAUAUUUGAUCUCACAAUAUGGGCUUCUUUGAGCCUCCAUACACUGGCAGUUACUGAAAAAGGGAUUUGUAACAGUAUCAGAACACAAUAUUUGAAAUCACCUGCUUAACAAGAGAACAUUAGGCUAGGUUCAUUGCUGAGCUUGUGUAUUUGCUGGUGGUGUGUCUUUAGGAGCAGCCCGAGCUUCUUACAGUCUGUAAGACGAUGUGUUUGGUGUCCGACUUCUCUGUGCGUCAGUAGCAGAUGUACUGCCCUGAACAAGCUUGCUGACUCACCGGACGGCUGCUGGAAUAUUCACCUGUGGUACUGUGACAAAAAAAACAACCUAAAGCCAGUUUUCACUUUUUUCUACAUUGACACAGAUUCCAAUAAAUGUAUUUUUUCACCAUGCAA